CCAAAGAGGGGAAGAAAUUAAACGAGGAAGAAGAAAUACUUCCGCAUAGUCACAGCUUCUCUCAGGACAACAGCAACAGACUCAUUCUUGUCAUAAAAUGGCCAAAUUGAAAGACAAACGACGAGAGAAAAUCAGUGUCGCCACUGAGAUUGACCGUUUGGAGGAGCGGCGGGCGCGUUGCCAGGGCAACCUGGAGAGAGCAGAGUUCAGGAGCAGGAAAGAGAAGCUCUCUGAGAAGGAGAGACAGGAACUGGAUGAUGAAAUGGCAAUUAUGAAUGAGAGGGUUGAAAAGUUAGACAAGGAGCUGCAGAUGUUAAGAGGAGAGAACAGGAAGAACAUGCUGCUGUCAGUGGCUCUGCUGGCUGUCAGCGCUCUCUUCUACUACAUCUUCAUCUACAGUGAAGAAGACUCAUGAUACCAGCCACUCUCUCAAAGGGACCUACUGCUCUUCAAGGAGCUCAGGACAGGCGUGUCAUUAGAUUGACGGUCAGGCCAGGACUUUGCACAUGCAGCAGUACAUGAAACAACUGAUGUGCGUGUUGAGGAAGUACCUCAGUUCUGCCUCUAGAUGGCAUCUUUGUCAUUUUCAUGAUCUUUUUUUGGUAAUUAUGUUGGAUUUAUCCAGCACAGUGUUCCCACCCAACAAAGUUACUUUUUGCAAGUCAAAGUGCCACCUGUCAGCAUCAUGCUGUCAUCACACAGGCUUAUAUGAGCAAACAUCAUAAAGAGAGAUGCUGCCUUGUCUCAGCCUCAGCAACACUGUGUUUUGAUAGUUUGUGUUAAUACUAAACUAUCAGGUGACAACAUUGAAUAUUCAGUGUGUGCCUUGCCUGUUGGUCACCUCAUGAUAAUCCCAACCUACAUAAUGGACAUCUAUACACUGCUGCAGGUGAAACGGGAUUGUAUAACCAGCGACUUAGUACAUUUUGUAACACAUACAUGUAUGAGGUUAUAUUAAAGUGAGUCGUUUUGUCAUUUCCCUAGCUUCACAUCUUUUAUUUUCAGCGCUGUAUGAAGACUUUACUGUAUAAAAUGACAUCUGACAUGAGGAAGAAUGUAUAUACAAAAAAAUGUUUUUUCACAGAAAUAACCAAUUAACUGUAAAGUUUGCCUUAUGUCAUAACUUAAAUGUAUUAUUGCUCUGUUUUAUACAAUACAUUGGUCAGACACUUUAUCAAAUGGUGCCAAUCAAAUCUGCUUUUCUAUUUUUCAUUGACAUAUGAAUAAAUAUAUUCACUAAUGCAUGGUACACAUGACGUGCGGUUAAAUGGAUGAAAAUAUGUGACACAUUUGUUUCUCUUAUUAAAUAUGAGUUUUGGCAAUACAGCAGA